AUGGCAAUUACGGCAAAUAAAAAACGAACUACUCCCUACAAUAAGCUGGUCACAGUGGCAGUGGCCUUUGGCUCUCUGACGUAUGGAUACGCGUCUGCCAUCAUUGGAAGCACAAUCGGUCAGCCAGGAUGGUACGCGUUUUUUAACCUCCCGACCCAGGGGGAGGACGGAUACGGAACGACGACAACACAUGCCAUCGCGACAGCCAACGGUCUGUACUCUGCUGGAGGUGCAAUCGGAUGUCUCUUCAUCAUGUGGUCUGCUACUGCACUCGGUCGUAAGCGCAAUAUUCAAAUCGGCUCUCUCCUCUCUAUGCUUGGUGGCGCUCUCCAGAGCGGCGCUGCAAACCUUGACAUGUUCCAAGCAGGCCGUUUCAUUUGCGGGCUCGGUAUUGGAGUUUUAGUGACCAUCUGCCCAAUGUAUCUGUCCGAACUGGCACCGCCUGCGAAGCGUGGCUGGCUCGUAGGCCACCAUGCCAUUUUCCUCGUCUUUGGGUACAUGCUGGCUGCGUGGCUGGGCUACGCCUGCUACUUUGCGACAUCGGUAAAUCCGUCUUUCGCUUGGCGAUUCCCUCUUGCUGUACAGUGCCUCAGUCCUACGAUUCUGUUUAUUGCGUCGCUUUGGAUUCCACGAUCUCCUCGAUGGCUGCUUCAGAAGGGCCACGUCGAAGAGGCGUGGCAUGUUCUCAAGCGGCUCCGUGCAAGUGCUGAAGAUCCCUACGAUCUCAUUGCUAAAGAGGAAAUGUACCAGACGAAGCAGCAAUUGGCACUAGACAAGGCCAAGCUGCAAAAGCUUGGGGUAACCCCGUGGACAUCCAUCUUCAAGAUUAAGAGCUACCGAAAGAGAAUGAUUGUCGGUUUCCUGACCCAAUGGGGUGCAGAAUUCGGCGGCCCUCUUGUCAUUAACAAUUAUCUGGUCAUUCUCUUCACAAACUUGGGACAAACGGGAGCCAUGCCCUUGCUGCUUUCUGCUGUCUGGCUGUCAACUGCAGGCCUCAUCUACAAUCCGUUGGGUGCCUGGCUACACGACAAAGUCAACUCUCGUCGUGGCAUGUUCAUGUUUGGUACGGCUGGCGUAGUCCUCACCGUGACUCUUCUUGUGGUCAUGUUGGCACUCUACUCUGGUACGACAAACCAAGGCGGCAACGCAGCUGGUGUCUUUCUCACUUUUCUCUAUCUUGCUUUUCAAGGAACCUGCUGCGAUACGACCAUGUACACGUACGUCUCUGAAAUCUUCCCGACAGACAUUCGCCCAAUUGGCAUGGGCUGGUCGCUCUUUGGACAAUUUGCUGCCUCCAUCAUCCUCCUGCAGACUGCCCCCAUUGGUUUCGUAGCCGUCGGCUGGAAGUACUACCUAGUCAUCAUCUGCUGGUCCAUUUGCUUCAUCCCUGUCAUUUACUUUUACUUCCCCGAGACUGCUGGCCUGUCUUUGGAAGAAGUUAACAAGCAAUUUGGGGAUGAAGUGGCUGUUCACAUCAACGAUGUCUCCGCCGAGCAGCGCAAGGAGCUCGACGACUUCCUCAAGCAGCAGGUUGAAAGUGAAUUCCUAGAAAACGCUCAACAGCCAUCCAAGCACUAG